AUGUCAGUUUCUGCCACUGGAGACAACAGUGAACUGCAAUUCAAGAUGCUUCAAGGAGUGGCAACCUACUUACCUAGCACUGGAAGCAGUGGUGAGCUGCAUAGUGAGACGCUGGAAAAGGAAGUUGUGCUGAUUUUUGCUAAUGGAGGCAAAGCCUUCCCUCCGCUAACUGGGUCCCCUCCCCACAGCAACACGGCUUCUCUUCCUCAGCCUGGCGACAGGGGCUUCCCCUCAGCCGCCGCCGCUGCCACCGCGGCCGCCGCCACCGCCGCCGCCGGCCGAGCUCAGCCGCGCCCGCUACCCGCGGCCGCCAUGCAGUUUAUGUUGCUUUUUAGUCGUCAGCGAAAGCUUCGACUGCAGAAAUGGUAUGUCCCACUAUCAGACAAAGAGAAGAAAAAGAUUACAAGAGAACUUGUUCAAACCGUUUUAGCACGGAAACCUAAAAUGUGCACCUUUCUUGAGUGGCGAGAUCUGAAGAUUGUUUACAAAAGAUAUGCUAGUCUGUAUUUUUGCUGUGCUAUCGAGGGUCAGGACCUCGAGCUAAUUACCCUGGAAAUAAUUCAUCGUUACGUGGAAUUACUUGACAAGUACUUUGGCAGUGUGUGUGAACUUGAUAUCAUCUUUAAUUUUGAGAAGGCUUAUUUUAUUUUGGAUGAAUUUCUUUUGGGAGGGGAAGUUCAGGAAACAUCCAAGAAAAAUGUCCUUAAAGCAAUUGAGCAGGCUGAUCUGCAGGAGGAAGCUGAAACCCCAUGUAGUGUUCUUGAAGAAAUUGGACUGACAUAACUCUCCUCCCUUGUUGAUGACUUCUUGUGGCAUUUCACACAC